AUGGUCGCUGCUAAUGUUGUUAACAUUGUUAAUAACAAUGAAAGAGAUCACUACAGUGCAAAACCAUCAAUUUUUGAUGUCGAUGGCUACGUUCACUUAGUUAAUGCUGAAGGAAAUACUAUAGCAAGAAGUGCUAUGACUGAUCAACAGAAUAAGUAUUUCAAAAAUCAUCCUAAGGCCAAAAUUAUUCUGCUAAAUUUUAUUUCUUAUACUGAGUAUGAGAAGAUAACAAACAAAGAUUUUGCCAAAUCUAUUUUUGACUCUAUGAGGAUGACUCUUGAGGGGAAUGCUCAAAUGCUUGUUACAGGACUAAAAGUUCUGGAUAAAGGAUUCUCUACAGUUGAUCGUGUCAAGAAGAUUAUUAGAAGUCUCCAUAAAAAAUGGAGACUUAUGGUAAUUGCUUUGAAGCUAGCAAAGGAUAUUAAUAGCACCAGUCUUGAAGAACUUGUUAGUUUUUUAAAAAGCCGCGAGAUUGAACUUGAGGAAGAUGAAUUUCAGAAGCGAGGUAAAUCUGUUUCUUUAAAGUCCAAGCCUGCGAAGACAAGAGUUUAUCAAGAUGAGGAAGAAUCAAAUGGUUCUGAUGAAGGCUCAGAAGAUGAUGAUGAGUUAUCUUUGAUUUCUAAUAGGAAGAAGCAAGGUUCUGCUAAAGAAGUUACCUGCUUUGGGUGCAACGAGCCAGGCCACUACAAGAAUGAAUGUUCUACGUUGAAAAAGGACAAAAGACCUAAGAAAUUUUUUUCUAAAGGCAAGAAGGGGCUGAUGGCUACAUGGGAUGACUCAAAAUCUGAAGAAGAAGAUUUUGACGAAGAACAAGCCAAUGUUUCAUUGAUGACAACAACUGAUCCAGAAGAAUCAUGUCUCUCUGAAAUAUUGGAAAAGUACAAGAGUCUUCAUAAUAGGUACAAGGACCUUAAACAAGUCCAAGUAGCUUCUUCUGGAACUCGCAGAUAUUCUGAACGCUCUAAAGGCUACAUAAUCUUUAACACUGAAACACGAAUCGUUGAAGAAUCAAUUCAUGUUAGAUUGGAUGAUAAACUUUACCCUGAAAAGUCAAAGCUAGUUGAGAAAUUUGCAGAUAUGAAGAUUAACUUCUCAGAAUCUGAAGAUAAAGACUCAGAAGGAAAAUCAAAAGACGCUGAAGCAAAAGACUCAGAAGCGACUCAACCAGAAGCCACUAUUGGGUCAACUCAUCAGAAGAAGAGUAUAUUAAAAGCCUCUCAUUCUGAAGAAUUGAUUCUGGGAGUUAAAGAUGCAUCGGUCAGAACUCGAUCCUCAUUCAAACCUUUUGAAGAAACUCUUCUGGGUUGGAAACCAAAGGAUUUCCAUGUCAUUGGAACAAAAUGGGUUUUCAUAAGAAAGCUCAAUGAGAAGGGAGAAGUCAUCAGAAACAAGGCUCGAUUGGUAGCACAAGUCAAUCAUAAUAUCAUCGUUUAUCAGAUGUAUGUUAAGAUUGCAAUAUUAAAUGGAUACAUUUCUGAAGAAGUGGAUCCGGUGCAAAAAGCUCUCAAGGAUGGAAGACUUGAGUUUGUUGAUAAGCAGAAACCACAACUAGAAAAGGACGUUGAGACAAAGGUUGAAGCUCUCUUUAUUGAGCCAGUAGACAUCAUGGUAGUCGACAUUGUCGAUGAAGCUGGCGCUAAAGACAUCAAAGCAAGCUAUGAAGAUUGA